UAAUUCUCAAAUUCUGUCUAUAUGAACAAAAGACGAGAUUGUGAAUACGAAUAUCUGAAUGUCUGUCGAAGAAGAUAUUUGUCUGAGAAGCUUAUAUCUACGUAUAAUAUCAACGUGUAGAAACAUACGAUGUUUAUAAGGACAAAAGACUAAAUAUCUGACAUCGAAUUAAGACCGCAAACAAUCAGAUUUUCUCAAAUGUACUGUAAACCAUCAUAAAUGUCAAAUGCGACAUCGUUAAUGAUUGUUUGUCAAGGCCUCAUUCUUGAUAGUGAGCGUGUAAAGCGAAAACGUUUUUGAAGAUAAUUCGCCUCUGCUGUGUCUUUUCUACAGAAAUAUGGCUACGGUUUCCAGUAAAGAAGAAAAUUUGCCUCAAAAGAAGCAGCAACAAUCUUUGAUUCGUAGCUUUAGCUGGAGACAUUCCAAUAAAAGAUCAAGGAUGGAGAGCAAUAAUCAUGAUGUUGGUACUUCUAAAGAAAAUAUCCAAAAAUCAGAAAAUAUGAUCUCAAUUGAUAGUAUUGAUGAAGUUGAUUAUCCAGCAAAUGCAAGUCAAGGCUCGUCUCGAGGCAUGUCUGAUGUUGAGAUAGAUGAUUCAAUACUUGAUAGCAAUAGAAGCUCCAAGAAACGAAAGAAGAAUGGUGUUUGGCAAGCUGUAAAAAGGUUUUUUAAGAGAAAAAGUUGUAAAACAUCUAAGUCUUUUAAUACACAACAUGAAGCAAGUUCUAUUACUCAACCGCAAAGAAGUCUGUCCGAUUCAAACUUGGGCCUCAAAGUGGGUGAAAAUAUUGCACCUUUUGAACAAGUUCCUGAAACACCAAUGGAUACCGAUUCUACUCCAAAAAAAGCAAAAAGUCAUGACUUGUUUCUAUCAGAACUUCGUUUGAAGCAGAAAACAUCCAUUGACAAAGAUGCAUUUUCACCAAAAAGCAAAAUGUGACAACUAUAGAUGUGGAAAUGAAAUCUUCAGAAAUUGAUUGGCCAAGUAGCCCUACGCAUGGAACUCUACUUCCUGGCUUGAAUGUAUCUCGUGACAAAAUAAAGAUAGCUCCUCGCCAUCGUCGCGCACCAACACGCAAGGUCAUUACUGCAGUUGUGAAAGAUGCUUCAAGCAAUGAAGGUGAUGAAACAAGACUUGAGCAGAAGAGAUUUCGGAUGGAAAAGUUGGAGAACGAGAAACUGGAGCUAGAAAAAAUCGAGCAGGAGAAAUGGAGCUAGAAAAAAUCGAGCAGGAGAAAAUGGAGCUAGAAAAAAUAGAGCAGGAGAAAAAAUCGAGCAGGAGAAACUGGAGGAGAUAAAGGAAGAAGAACUGAAGAUUGGAAAGGUUCGGAAAAAAUUUGUUCAGAAAUUAAGGAAUGAAAAAAUCGUCAUAGAUGAAAUGUUAGAAGACAAAUUGAAAGGAGAAGAAUCUAGACGAAAUGAGUUGUAUACAAAACGUAGAACACUGAAAAAAGAUGAUUUUACUAACGACAAAAUAGAGAAAAAUAGCGAAAAUGUCAUGGAAUUUGAUGUAACUGAGGAAGAAACCAAAGGAUUAAUUCAUCAAGACCAAAUUCAAGAAACUAAUGAAAGUGUUUAUAAGACAAAGACAACCGAAGUACAAUUGACAAACAUUCCUUUUAGAAUUCUGAGAGAUGUUCAACCAACUUCCAUGGACAUUGACAUUAUUGGUGAUGGUACUGUGAAGAAAGAGAGUGUUGGUGAUGGUACUGAGGAGCAACAUAGUGUUGGUGAUGGUACUGAGGAGCAACAUAGUGUUGGUGAUGGUACUCAGGAGCAACAUAGUGUUGGUGAUGGUACUCAGGAGCAACAUAGUGUUGGUGAUGGUACUCAGGAGCAACCGAGUGUUGGCCAUAGUACUGAGGAGCAACAUAUUGUUAGCCAUGGUACUGAGGAGCAACUGAGUGUUGGCCAUGGUACUGAGGAGCAACCAAGUGUUGGCAAUGGUACUGAGGAGCAACAUAUUGUUGGCCAUGGUACUGAGGAGCAACAUAUUGUUGGCCAUGGUACUGAGGAGCAACAUGUUGGCCAUGGUACUGAGGAGCAACAUAUUCUUGGCCAUGGUACUGAGGAGCAACAUAUUCUUGGCCAUGGUACUGAGGAGCAACAUAUUCUUGGCCAUGGUACUGAGGAGCAACAUAUUGUUGGCCAUGGUACUGAGGAGCAACCGAGUGUUGGCCAUGGUACUGAGGAGCAACAUAUUCUUGGCCAUGGUACUGAGGAGCAACAUAUUCUUGGCCAUGGUACUGAGGAGCAACAUAUUGCUUAUUGUAAUAGCAUACCUUCAUCUUCUCACAUAGAUGCAGAUAAUGAGAUGAAGACGAAAACAACGCAAGAAAAAAACUGAACUCUAUUGAUGAACAACGAUUUAUUUCUGUCAACAAGGAAAAUUUACAAAGUCCUGUUACCAGUCAUUUCUCUUUGAGUGACAACGUAUUUUUGUCUGAAGGUGAAGAAAGCCAAGUAAAAAGUCCUUUAAAAGCUCCCUUUGACAAACUAAAAAACAACCCAGACUCAAACGUAUUUGAAACAUUUUUGUCUGUUAGGCAAUCUAUAAAUGUUAGUCAAAAUGGGAUGGCAACAGUCAAUCGUCAGCGUCCAAAAAGUUUACACGAAGAAAGAAAAGUUCUCAAGACGAUUCACGUGUUGAUGUAGCAGUGUUAACUAAGGCGUUCGAGCGUUCUAGUAAAUCGGAAACUAUUUCUUACGGAGAUAGAAAGAAAAAACCUGAUUUACCACCCAAACCUUCAUUGUUUAAAGCUAAUAAAUCACGUACCCUUGAACGAAACUAUCGAUUCCCAGUUUCAAAGAAUUUGUCAUCAACUAGUACUACGACUGUAAAAUCAACGCCAUCCAAGCCUUCUGUAGUGGCAACCAAACCUGCACCUACAACAAGACAUUCCACACCUGCAGCCAGACCCAAGCCGUUGAUAGAACCAAGAUCCAGUCAUGCAUCAGUUGAUAAAGAGAACGAAAAGAUGCAGAAACCAAUUGAUACAAAAAACGUGAAAAAUGGUGUUUUGAAAGUAUUCUCAUCAGAACUACCAAAUGAACACUUAAAAAACGAGUUACAACAUGCCGAAACUGAAUUGCCAUCGUUUUGGGCAAGAAGAAAUAUGUUUUCUCCACAACAGAAAUCAAACAAUUUUAGUGUCACAACAGCCGAAAAAGAAAAACAUAAAGCACCUUUAAUACCAAUAAAGACAGAUUAUUGUGCUGUUUGUGGGAAAAAAGUUUACCAAAUGGAGAAAUAUAGUGUGAAAGAUUUCGUUGUUCAUAAAGCGUGCUUAAAGUGCUCUGUUUGUAAACGUUUGUUAUCUGUUGGUAACUUUAUUAUACAUCAAAAUAAGAUUUAUUGUAAAUUACAUGAACCACGUGUCUUAAAACUACUAUAGUUUAUAGAAUGAUUUGUUAUUUAUGUAAAGCUAAUUAAUCAGGCAACUUUGUAUACAGCACAGUGAAAUAUUUGUAGAAUAUUUUCACCGUUAUUAAAUUACUGAAAACUGUCAUUUAUAUUUUA